AGGGCGACACCGAGGAAGAGGGAGCGAAGAAGAAGGCGACCAUGUUGAUUUAAAGGAAGAAGAAACACAAUAGACGCGAUUUAUUUCAAGAAAUUUCCAACGAAUUCAGAAAAGAGUUGUCGAACCACCGUACGCUGAGCAUUGCUUAUAAAUUAACGAAAAAAUUAAGGUGGAACGUUUUUGUUGUCGAGCGGGAGUAUUUUUUUGUUUUGUUUUUUUGUUUUUUGGAGGCCGGGGGUUGGACGGCGCCGUGCUCUCACAGUUCACAGACCAGGCUGAAAACCUGUGGCGUCCAAAAAGAAAAGAAAGCACAAACUGAACCCAACCGGGGGGAAAAGCUCUUUUGCCCCCACUGGAUCUUUGUUUCCCCACACAUGGAGCGACUUUUCCCCGCUCAGUGGAGAUAAACACGGUCACAAACUGCAUCGUUUUUUGGGGAAAAACUUGUACAAAGUGGGACAUCCUGUUUCCCUUUUUUCAGGAACAGGGAUACUGAGCAGCUCUUAUGGACUCCAGUCGGAAACGAGACACAUUGCUGAACUUAGACAGAGAAGUAUUGAACUGAGAUUAUAUAAAAGAAUCUAUUCCCCAAGUGCAGAUUGCCUUAGUUGUUCUAUUUCAGGACUGGAACCGCUUUCCUACUCGUUCACAUAUAAUUUUUCUAUAUAGUGGACGGGUAAAUUCAUGCAUAUGAAUGCAUGUUUCUCUUCAUUUUGAAGAGCUCUUGUGUAUAAACUCUUUUUGUUGUUGUGCGUCAGUCACUCUGCUGUUGAAGGGGACCGAGUGCAUGUGUAAAUACUACCAAUCCACUUGUUGUGAAGGCUGGGGCAGAUUAAGGGUAGAGAAUUUUCUUUGUUAAUGCUUAAUUCAACUUUUUUUGUCGUUUUUUUUACUUGAGAGAAUUUUUUAAAAACAAAAAAAACAACCUAAGAAGUAAAAAUCUUAAUACUGGGAAUAAAAAACAGAAAAAAAAGUCAGGAAAAAUGGCAACGGCCAGGACAGAGAGCGUGGGCCCGGUGGUGGUGGGACUGAACAAGCAGAACGGGCAGCUCCGAGGGCAGAGCAAGGCCGGCCCCGUCCAGCCGACCACGCCGGGGAAGGCAAUGGCCGCCCCCCAGAAGGCGGGUGGCGCCCCCCAGAGGGCAGGCGGCGCCCCUCAGGAGGCGGGAGGUAUCAAGUUCGGAGACGACUGGAAAAGGAGCCUGCACCUCCCCCCCAAAGACAACAGAGUUAGAACCUCGGACGUCACAGCCACCAAGGGGAACGAGUUCGAAGACUACUGCCUCAAAAGGGAGCUCCUGAUGGGCAUCUUCGAGAUGGGCUGGGAGAAACCCUCACCCAUCCAGAACGGGACGGGGAAGAGCGGCGCCUACCUGAUCCCCCUCCUGGAGAGGAUAGACCUGAAGAAGGACCACAUCCAGGCCAUCGUCAUGGUACCCACACGCGAGCUGGCGCUGCAGGUGAGCCAGAUCAGCAUCCAGAUCAGCAAACACCUGGGAGGAGUUAAGGUCAUGGCCACCACCGGUGGCACCAACCUGAGGGACGACAUCAUGCGCCUGGACGAGACCGUUCACGUGGUCAUCGCCACACCGGGGAGGAUCCUGGACCUGAUCAAAAAGGGCGUGGCCAAGGUGGACCGGGUCCAGAUGAUGGUGAUGGACGAGGCCGACAAGCUGCUGUCUCAGGACUUUGUGGUGCUCAUCGAGGACAUCAUCAGCUUCCUGGCCAAGAACCGGCAGAUCCUGCUGUACUCGGCCACCUUCCCCAUCAGCGUGCAGAAGUUCAUGGUGAGAGCCGGGUGGUGGGAGGGGGCUCUGGUGGCCUUUUUUGGGGGGAAUCCUCAGAAUUUGCUGUCUCCCCCAUUUAAGGCCAAGCACCUGCAGAAGCCCUAUGAGAUAAACCUGAUGGAGGAGCUGACUCUGAAGGGAAUCACGCAGUACUACGCCUACGUCACCGAGCGGCAGAAGGUCCACUGCCUCAACACGCUGUUCUCCAGGCAUUUAAAAAACACCAUUUCAGCUCAAUAG